GAGACGUAAACAAGCUCUCAUGUCUUUUCGCUUGCUUCCAUGGACUCCAACAAUAACAGCUCUUUUAUAAGAGCUUUCUUCCAUAAUAAUAGGUCCAGCUCUUUAUCAAUAGCUGAACGGAUCUGUACAGCUUGUAUACCGUUCAUAGCCAUCAUAGAGGUUCUAGUAAUCUCUAUCGUUGGCAGUUGCGAGAAUCGGCAACCACCCAAGAAAUGCCGCUUAGCCAUCAGAGAUCUGGCUCGACUCGCUAAUGAAUCUCGAUUUACUGUUAACGAAGUGGAGGCUUUGCAUGAGCUUUAUGAUGGUUUGAGUUGUUCGAUUAUCAAAGAUGGGUUGAUUCACAAGGAAGAGCUCCAGUUGGCACUCUUCCAUACUCCACAAGGCGAGAAUCUUUUUCUGGAUCGGGUUUUCGAUCUUUUUGAUGAAAAGAAAAAUGGUGUCAUUGAAUUUGAGGAAUUUGUUCACACACUCAGCAUCUUUCAUCCCUAUGCCCCAAUGGAAGAGAAAAUUGAUUUUGCGUUUAGGCUAUAUGAUCUGAGACAAACAGGGUUUAUUGAGCGGGAGGAAGUUAAGCAGAUGGUAGUUGCCAUUUUGAAUGAAUCCGAAAUAAAAUUGUCAGAUGACCUUGUUGAAUCGAUCAUUGACAAAACAUUUGCUGAUGCUGAUACUGACAAGGAUGGUAGAAUCAAUAAAGAUGAAUGGAAGGAAUUUGUGAUUCGUAAUCCAUCCCUUUUGAAGAACAUGACUCUUCCUUAUCUAAAGGAUGUCACGACGAUAUUUCCCAGUUUUGUUUUCAAUACUGAGGUUGAAGACUGAAAAUCCAAGAUGCUUUCAACCUUGGUGAUUUAGUACAUAAGAAGCUGCAUUGUAUGUUAUGGAUUUUCUGCCAUUUUGCUUCAAGGAGGCUUUGAUCCUGCUAGACAAUUCAUGUGUAUUGGGUUUUGACAAGGCAGCAUGCCCUGAUUUCAUACAAACGAAAGUAGAACAGUGGGGAUGUUCUUAUCGACCUCUCAGCUACAGGCAUAGCGUACAGUUUUAAAAUGAGCUGAGUUGCUUUAAUCCAAAGCAUUGUAUAGAGAGUAGAAAACUCGAUUUUUUUAAUGACUGUGUUUUGUAUUAGAUACUAUUGUAAAUUGUUUUUCCUGGUAAUCUAACUCACCUGAGGCCGUGGGAGUGAAGAUUUUUCUGAA